GUCCCCUCCUUCCCUCCCUCCCUCCCCGCUGCCAGUUUCUCUACAACUAGUACAUCCACACGCAGGGUCCCGGCCGCCGCGGCUGCCAUGGAUAUCAGCUAAAGCGCCGGCAGCGGGACGGACAGGGCAGAGAGGCGCUCCCCAUCCCCGCUCCGUCGCCCCCCCGGGGCCGCGGCGCCCUCCCUGCCGCCCUCCUGCCCUUCCUUCCCUGCCGCCCCGAGCCUGCCCCACAGGAGCCUGGCGCCCACGGGGGAGGGAGGGAAGAGAGAAAGAGCAAGCGGAGAGGGAGUCGGGCAGAGCAUCCCCACGGCAAUGUCCAAGGGCUUGAAGAAGAAAAGCCACUGGACGAGCCGAGUCCACGAGAUCGUGAUCGUGAGGAACCCGGAGGGGCAGCUGGGCUUCGAGCUGAAAGGGGGCGCCGAGAACGGGCAGUUCCCGUACCUGGGGGAGGUGAAGCCCGGCAAGGUGGCCUAUGAGGGCGGCAGCAAGUUAGUGCCGGAGGAGCUGCUGCUGGAGGUGAACGAGACCCCCGUGGCCGGGCUCACCAUCAGGGAUGUGCUGGCCGUGAUCAAGCACUGCAAGGACCCCAUCCGGCUCAAGUGCGUCAAGCAAGAGGGCAGCAAAGAGCUUCAGUUUAAAACUUCCGCAGCAGGAGGCAUCGUUGAUAAGGACCUUCGUCACUACCUCAAUUUACGGUUCCAGAAAGGUUCGGUGGACCAUGAGCUCCAGCAGAUCAUAAGAGACAAUCUCUACCUCCGCACGGUGCCAUGCACCACAAGGCCACAUAAGGAGGGGGAAGUCCCUGGUGUGGACUAUAUUUUCAUCACUGUUGAAGAUUUUAUGGAACUGGAGAAAAGUGGUGCCCUCUUAGAAAGUGGAACAUAUGAAGACAACUAUUACGGCACUCCGAAACCUCCAGCAGAACCAGCUCCAUUACUGUUAAAUGUAACAGAUCAGAUCCUUCCAGGUGCCACUCCUGGGGCUGAAGGUAAACGUAAGAGGAAUAAGUCUGUGAGCAAUAUGGAGAAGACAGGUAUUGAACCACCAGAGGAAGAAGAGGAAGAAAGACCUGUGGUCAAUGGAAAUGAUGUGACAGUAACACCAGAAUCAAGUGAACAUGAAGAGAAGAGUACAGGUGUCUCAGGUGAAGUAUCUUCCACCCAACCGUGCCCUGCACCAGGAUAUACUCAGCCUGAAGAAGCAAAGGAGGAUAUGGAUGUAACAAAGCAGACAAAACCGGAGGAGAAUGAUGACUUGGGCCCAUUACCUGAUAACUGGGAAAUGGCUUAUACAGAAAAAGGGGAAGUCUACUUUAUUGACCAUAACACAAAGACAACAUCAUGGCUGGAUCCACGACUUGCGAAAAAGGCUAAACCUCCAGAAGAGUGCAAAGAAAAUGAGCUUCCAUAUGGCUGGGAGAAAAUUGAUGAUCCCAUUUAUGGCACUUAUUAUGUUGACCACAUAAAUAGAAGAACACAAUUUGAAAACCCUGUCCUAGAAGCAAAAAGGAAGCUACAGCAGCAUAACAUGCCCAACGCAGAACUUGGAACAAAGCCUAUGCAGGCCCAAGGUUUCCGAGAAAAACCACUCUUCACCCGUGAUGCAUCACAGCUGAAGGGAACUUUCCUCAGCACAACUCUUAAGAAAAGCAACAUGGGUUUUGGAUUUACCAUCAUUGGUGGGGAUGAGCCAGAUGAGUUUCUUCAGGUGAAGAGUGUAAUUCCUGAUGGGCCUGCAGCACAAGAUGGGAAAAUGGAAACAGGUGAUGUCAUUGUCUAUAUUAAUGAAGUUUGUGUCCUUGGACAUACUCACGCAGAUGUAGUCAAACUCUUCCAGUCUGUUCCUAUUGGUCAGAGUGUCAACUUGGUGCUAUGUCGUGGAUACCCUUUGCCCUUUGAUCCUGAAGAUCCUGCCAACAGCAUGGUGCCACCCCUUGCAGUAAUGGAGAGGCCUCCGGUAGUGGUAAAUGGAAGACAUAACUAUGAAACUUAUUUGGAAUACAUUUCUAGGACUUCUCAGUCUGUUCCAGACGUAACAGAUCGACCACCACACUCCUUGCACUCCAUUCCAGCAGAUAGUCAGCUUGAUAGCACAUUCCCACCACCUGCCCAUGAUGAUAAUGUAUCAAUGGCUUCUUCUGGGGCCACCCAAGCUGAACUCAUGACCUUAACCAUUGUGAAAGGGGCCCAGGGCUUUGGCUUCACUAUAGCAGACAGUCCUACAGGACAGAGGGUGAAGCAAAUUCUAGACAUUCAGGGAUGUCCUGGUUUGUGUGAAGGUGACCUCAUUGUUGAGAUCAACCAGCAGAAUGUACAGAACCUGAGCCAUGCAGAAGUAGUGGAUAUACUUAAAGAAUGUCCUGUUGGAAGUGAAACUUCUUUGAUUAUCCAUAGAGGAGGUUUCUUUUCUCCAUGGAAAACUCCAAAGCCUAUGAUGGAACGAUGGGAGAAUCAAGGCAGCCCUCAAACAAGCCUAUCUGCUCCAGCUCUACCACAGAAUAUUCCCUAUCCACCCACUCUUCACAGGAGUUCAUUUCCCGAUUCAACAGAGGCCUUUGAUCCACGGAAACCUGACCCAUAUGAGCUGUAUGAGAAAUCAAGAGCUAUUUAUGAAAGUAGGCGUCCCGAUUACAAGGAGCUGGAUGUUCACCUUCGGAGAAUGGAGUCUGGCUUUGGCUUCAGGAUCCUUGGAGGAGAUGAGCCUGGACAGCCUAUCCUCAUAGGAGCAGUAAUUGCGAUGGGCUCAGCAGACAGAGACGGCCGUCUCCAUCCUGGUGAUGAACUGGUGUAUGUAGAUGGGAUUCCAGUAGCCGGCAAAACCCACCGAUACGUGAUUGACCUUAUGCAUAACGCUGCCCGAAAUGGGCAGGUGAACCUUACUGUGAGGAGAAAGGUGCUACCCACAGAGCCCUCCAGCCAGAAAGGGCCCCCUCCACCCGGCGCGACGCCCCCUCGCAGCUCCCCCAGCGCUAGGAAAAUGGCCAAUAACCAAGGAGAACCAUGCCCAGAGAAUGGCAGAAGUCCAGGCUCGGUGUCCACGCACCACAGUUCUCCAAGAAGUGACUACGCAACUUAUGCUAACAGCAAUCACGCUGUCUCUAGCAGCAAUGCUACACCCCCCGAGGGCUUUACUUCUCACAGCUUGCAAACCAGUGACGUCGUGAUCCACCGCAAGGAGAAUGAAGGUUUUGGCUUUGUAAUCAUCAGCUCCCUGAACAGGCCUGAGUCUGGGUCCACAAUAACUGUACCCCAUAAAAUAGGGAGGAUAAUUGAUGGAAGUCCUGCAGAUCGCUGCGCAAAACUUAAAGUUGGAGACCGGAUCUUAGCUGUGAACGGCCAGUCUAUUAUUAACAUGCCUCAUGCAGAUAUUGUGAAGCUAAUUAAAGACGCAGGUCUCAGUGUAACACUUCGCAUCAUUCCUCAGGAGGAGCUGAACAGCCCGGCCUCGGCCCCCAGCUCAGAGAAGCAGAGCCCCCUGGCGCAGCAGCACAGCCCCCUGGCCCAGCAGCAGCAGCAGCAGCAGCAGAGCCCCCUGGCCCAGCAGCAGCAGCAGCAGCAGAGCCCCCUGGCCCAGCAGCAGAGCCCCAUCACCCAGCACAGCCCCGUGGCGCAGCCCGCGCCCCCGCAGCCCCUGCAGCUGCAGGGACACGAGAACAGUUACAGGUCAGAAGUAAAAGCCAGGCAGGAUGUGAAACCUGAUAUCCGGCAACCUCCAUUUACAGACUACAGGCAGUCUUCAACUGACUACCGCCAGCCUCCCCUGGACUACAGGCAUCCUCCUGUGAUGGAUUACCAGCAGCCACCACCUCUCGACUACAGGCAGCCACCCUUGAUGGAUUACAGGCAACACUCACCCGACACCCGGCAGUACCCCCUGUCAGACUACAGACAGCCCCAGGACUUUGAUUAUUUCACUGUUGAUUUGGAGAAGGGAGCCAAAGGUUUUGGGUUUAGUAUUCGAGGAGGAAGGGAGUACAAAAUGGAUUUGUUUGUGCUGAGAUUAGCAGAAGAUGGACCAGCAAUAAGAAAUGGAAGGAUGAGGGUAGGAGAUCAAAUAAUUGAAAUCAAUGGAGAAAGCACAAGGGACAUGACACAUGCCAGAGCAAUAGAGCUAAUCAAGUCUGGUGGCAGGAGAGUGCGACUGUUGUUGAAACGUGGAACAGGCCAGGUCCCUGAAUAUGACGAACCAAACUCCUGGAGUGCUCCCUCUGCCACCUCCACAGGUCUGCCGGAAGUAGCUCUUUCCCUCGAUGACAUAAUCUCACCAUUAUCUUCAUCACACAUAGCCCCACCCUCUGACCCUUCUCACCAGAUAAGCCCAGAACCAACAUGGGAUAUCAAGAGGGAACACGACGUAAGGAAACCAAAGGAGUUUUCGGUGAAUGGUCAUAAAAAGAAAAGGUUAGGAGAACAAAGAGAAAGGUCAGCAAGUCCUAAAAAGGUAGACAGGUCAAAGCACGAAGAGGCUUCUUGGAAAGGAUAUUCAGAAGGUAAAAAUAAGACCACUGAUGGUGGCAGGCACACCUCAGAAAGCAAAGUGGUGGGACACAGUGUUAUGAUCGAGGCUGGCGUGAGAGAGCACGUGUGUGCUGGAACCAGUGAUGAACAGUUUGGGAGGCUGAAGAAGCCAGAAAGCAAGAGGGGAGGAUCUCUUAGCAAAAAAGAAGAUCACAAAUCCACAAAUACCAGUGAGAAGAAGUCAGCUGCAGCACCCGACCAUGUCAGGCUUGAUACAGGUGCUACCAAGACGUACAGUAGCAAUCGCUGCAGCUCUCCUGGAAGCGAUAUGGACCACAGCCAGAGGGACCCUGACGGGAAACCCAGCGAGUUCCCCAGGAAGGGACAUCUCCACUCCAUUAGCACUCGCAGCACCAACACCACAGUUCGAAAGGCAACAGUCUCCCCAGGGCCGUGGAAAAUCCCUGGCUCGGAUAAGCUACCUAGUGUCCUGAAGUCUGGUACUUCUGCCAUGAGCAGAUAAGCACGGGACUGUUGCCCUCUAACUGUCUCAAAUCGACGCAGAACAUUCUUCUUAGUUUUUGUCUCACAUUGAUUUAUUUUAAUUUAUUUUAACUAUCACGCAUUAUACACAAACCAUUGAGGAAUGAAAACAUUAGUGUGUAAUUCCAUGACAAUGUGCACAGUAUCUAAUAAGUUCAAAAGCAUAUAGUCAACACGGAGAUUUAAAACCGACCCUAAAGUCCCAGUUCCAUUUUAGGGACUUUGGCAGCUAUGGAAGAAACCAAAACAAUAUGAAGGACAGUACAUCAGAGAAAGGGUAGUGCAGUGUAGCUUUAGCAUUUUUUUCCACUGCAUGAAGGACUUGGAUUUCAUUCAAACUUUAUAUCAAGAAACUGGAACAAGUUAGAGCAAUCGCAAACUGGAACAUCGCCUUAAAUAAAACUGCACGGAGCAAGCUGAAACUGAGAGAGGAUCUUUUCAUGGAGCUAAAAUGUUGUAAAUAAAUCGUUCUCGACAUAUCUAGACAGGGGUUAAAGGGUUUCUUUGAAGCAUUCAGAACUGUAUGCCCAUGACACGUCUCCACUGUUACCACUUUGGGAUAGUCCACGUGAUACCCUGUAGCAUAGUUCACUGGGCGCUACGGGAGGAGUUGGAAAUCUAGUGGAUUAGUUUCUGUGAUACCAUUUCUACUGCCAUUUUUGUGAACAAACCAUAUUUCUGUACAUUGGAAAGGAGUUAGGGUGGAGUUGUAUUUGCAAAUUAUUCUCCAAAGCAAUUUACUACAGGUUCCCCAAAUCCUGCAAGGUAAUGUUCAAGCCAAUUGGCCAGGCUCAAAACUUAAGACAUCCACAAGGCCCUUGCAAUGAAAGGAAGAUUGCUACAGAGAAAAAGCUGCAGUUUCCUUAAGGAAAGGCCUUUCCCUCCUUCAGAAAAUGAUAGCUUCUCUUAUGAACAGUGCUAUGUUUCAUACCCACUUGCCUUUAGUUAGGAUGCUCUCACCUUCCAUCCCCUAAGUUUGGCAGAGCAGGUGCCUUUAAGGCACACGUUAACAAUAGUUAGACUGAAAUUCUGUCUUCGGUGUCUUCGUUCAGUAAAUUCAAUAUAUUUCCAUUUUUUAAAAUGGUUUCCAUAUUAUCAUUUCUUCCCUACCUCCAUUUUUUUUUUUUUUAGCAUUUUUUGCUUAUCUGUUUUGAAUUUCAAGCCUUAAGUGCCAGGUAAACAUUCCAGUCUGCCUUCACAGGAAAUAAGUCCAAGUUCAGUCAAUCGGUCACUAUCUUGUUUAAAAAAAGAUAUUGUGUGUAUGUAUAAAUGUGCAUAUGCUUAUUUGUCUGACAAAAUUAAAACAAAAUCCUGGGCAAUAAUACAUUGGUAAUUCUAAAAAAAAAAAUACUGUCAAAAAAUCAUAUUUUAAAACUAUUGUUCUCUAGCAAUCUUAGUUCCUCACAUGCUCUGCUGAAAAAUUAGAUUGAGAUUGGCUUUGUUCCAAGAAAUUAGCACAUUACUGUACAUUCCAAACAUUGCACUGGACUGAGAAAUUUACAGGCAUGUUUCUUCCUGUCCAAUUAUUUGAAAAGCCUCAAGUAAAGGAUUUUGCAGCUUUCAAACUUUUUUUUUUUUUUAGAAAAAAAAAAGUCCAUCUAUAAUUUCUAAAAAAGCACAAGUCCAUGUAGCUGUUUAUAAAACUCUUAUUUAAUGGAAAAAAAGAAGUAAAAAAAUCUUUAUCCCCUGAACUAGAAUCCAAUACAAUUUGCCAUUAAUUUAUUGAAUCUGAUUUUGGACAAUGCUUCUGUAGUGUAGAUGCACGCCCCAGUAUCUUAUUUUUAUGUAUAAAGAAAGCAAACAAUGAAAUCUGAAAAACAGUUGAGAUUAUGCUUGCAUAAAUUCUAAUUUGCACAGUUCACAGCUACUCCUUGUGCAGUAAUUGCUUUAUGCGGCUGUAAUCGAUAACCUGUGAAGACAGCACAUCAUCUAAACCCCAUUCCAAAUAAUAUUUCUGUGUAGUGUUAGCUGUGAAUUUACCCUGUACAGCUCUAUCUCUAUAAAUAUAAUUCCAUGUAUUAAUAGUCACAGAAAGGCUGUAAGUGAGCAACUAUUUUUAUGAAACGCACCACUAUGGAUAAAUUAACUUUUACAGAAAUCUUGUUUACUGUAUGAUAUUCUAAACCACUGUCAAAUAAAAUAU